CAAUGGAAGGGCGGCUUCAGAGGCUGGGCGCCGCGAGAGGCGCGGAGGCGUGGCUGGCGCGUGCGGGCGGGCGCGUCUCUCCCUCUCUGGUCCCUCCGGCGUUGGGGACGUUGGGAAGCCCGGCCAAAGGGGAGCGCUGCCCGCGUGCGCUCGCUCCGCGUGUCGUCGCCGCCGCCGCCGCCGCCCCCCUCGCCCUCCCGCAGGGGUGGUGCCCAGUUGGCUGAGGGACGCGUACCCUCGGCGCCUAGCGGGAGUGAGGGACUCGGGGACCGACCCCCUCGUUCAAGCGAGGAGGGAGUCCUGUAGUGAAGGUGGGGCGGGGAGCCGCCUUCCUUUCGAACUUCUUUAGUUAGUUAGUUCAAUAAACGAAUGGAGGGAGGACUCCUUUCACCUAAUUGCAGGUGCCUUUCUUAAUUGAGGGAGGGGGUGUGCCAAAAAUGGCGGUAGAGAGAAGGGUAGAAGGAAAUAGAAGUUGUCUCUGCGGGUGUAGAUCAUUGCCCGUACGGGUCACUUUGUUUGUUUAAAAUACUUGGGUGCCGCCUUCAUGCCGGCAACUGGAGAUCUGGAGUGUUUCAUAAGUUUUUAGGCUAUAUUGGGCCCUCAAUUUAUUUAUUGUAAGCACGUCGAUUUCUAUUUCUGUUUUCACUUGAGUUAUUAGUUGCCUCGAAGGCCCAGCGAGGAGGAAAGGUGAGAAAAUCUGGCACCUGACAAAGGAAGAGAGGUUCUGCUGCCAUGAGUUCCCAAGCUCCAAAUUCCAAGAUUCUGUAUCGGAAUUCCCGCCUGCUCCGCAUGGUGUUCCUGCAGCUGCAUCACCAGCAAAGAGCUGACUUAUUCUGUGAUGUUGUCCUACAGGCAGAAGGGGAAGCUGUUCCAGCUCAUUGCUGCAUCUUGUCAGCCUGCAGCCCCUUCUUCACUGAGCGUUUGGAGCGAGAAAGGCCUCCCAAAGGACAUAAGGUGGUGCUAGAGAUCCAAGGGUUGAAGAUUGGGACCUUGCGGAAGCUGGUGGACUUCCUCUACACUUCAGAGAUGGAGGUGUCUCGCGAAGAAGCACAGGAUAUUCUUGCUGCCGCACGGCAGCUUCAAAGAGAUGUAUUCAAGUGCAGUGAUCCAUACUUCCACGAAGUUGUGCCAAAUUCUUCCUUCCCUCACACCCCAACGCCUUCAGUGUAUGGAGAACAUUCUGAGGAGCAGAUGGCACAAAGAACAGAAUAA